UCAGUAUUAUAUUAUAUUAUUAUAUUUCAUCAAGCGAACUGUUAGUUGUUAUUUGAUGUGUUAUUUUCAAUGGCAUCUUGGGAUUUGGCUGAAGUAUGUCGCUUUUGUGGAAGUAAAAAGGACGUGAUUAUUGAUCUAAUUGAAACGUUAUUAGGUGAAAAACUGGUGAAAUAUUUCCCGCUAAAGUUCGAACCAUCAGAUUCGCUUCCAAAGUUAUCAUGUACAGAUUGCGCCAGUACAAUAGAACAAAUGGAAAGUUUUGUACAGAAAGCACUUGAGGUAGAAAAAGAUAUGUUAGAGCAUUCCAGUCGCUUUCGAAGUAAUAUUAUGUCGGUAGCACAGAUUCGUUCGUUGGCUAAUUCCGUGUCAGCUCAAAACAUCAAGCAACCAACUCAAAGCGUUAAAGAAGUGCUACAAAAACUCAAUACAACGUCAGUUAUUGUAAAAAAAAUACAAAAACCUCUAAUAGAUCCUUUGGAGGGAGUCGGACAGUUGGAAGAUGAACCAUUCAUAAAAAUGAAAAUGGAAGUAUUAGAUGAAGAAAUCGAGAAUUUGCCCGCGGAAGAUUUUGUUCAAUACAAUGAUACCGACGAUGAAGAAUAUAAUUCUAACUUCCAUAAUAUUUUAUCUGUUAAUAUAAAGGAUAUUGGUUUGACUGAUGACUCGGACUUUGUUCAAGAUAAUGAUGAUGAGGAUUAUGUCCCCAGUAACCUUAGCUCACGAAGUAAACGGACCACGGAUAAACAGGUAUGCCACCAAAGAAUCAAAUCGCUACCACCGCCAAAAAAUUUGUCUAUGUACAAAGUUCGUCAAUCAAAUCCAAAAGGAAUUGUUAUCAACCUUACAGAUCCUUGUCAUUAUGUUUGCGUAACAUGUAAAUCAAAGUUUUGUAGCUUUGAGGAAUUACAAACUCAUAUUAAUCAAAACAUAGCUUGCAAGAAAGUUAGUUGCACAUGCGAGCAAUGCGGAAAGUUUUGCGAAACUCGUCGUGCGCUAUAUCAACAUCGACUUUCACACAAUCCAAAGCCACAAUUGAUCUGCGAUCAAUGUGGUAAAGUUUACACAAACUCCUUCAACUUGGAGAACCACAAAAGUCAAGUGCAUGGGGCAGAAGUAGAAGAAUUAGGCUAUGUAUAUAAAUGUUGCGAACAAACGUUUCCAACACGGCGUGAGUUAAAUGAGCAUAUUGCUACACAUAGUAAAAUUCUGAAUUUACUUUGCGACACGUGUGGAAAAUCAUACACCUCUCAUAAGGCACUUCGGUCACACAAUCAAAGUCAUCUUAACAUUAGACCGUUUUCGUGCAAUGUAUGCGAAAAAUCUUUUAGAACCAAGUUACUUUUGGUUCAACACUCACAUGUGCAUACAGGCGUUAAGGUAUUUAACUGUGAUGUAUGCGAUAAAUCAUUCGCUAAGAAGGAGUCACUCAAGAAGCACUACAAAAUUCAUUCUAGUGAGCCGGUUACAUGGUCUUCCACGGGGGAAAAGAUAACUGUAAAAUCUCUAGAUCAAUUACAAUAAAUGUUGUCGGUUAUGCUAAAAUAAAAAAUAUCAGUGGUUAA